AGAGCCCAUACUCACGAGUCCAAGCAAUAACUGCUUUUUUUAAAGCAAGUUAAAUUCCAUCUCGUAGAUUCUAUUUUUUGAAAGUAACACAGUAAUAUAACAAAACAAGUAAUAAAUGAAAAAGAAAAGAGACAAAAAAUAAAAAACUACAAUAAAGCGAUCAAAGAAGAAAAUGAAACAAAAACAUGCGUAACGGUCGAAAAGAGCACAAAUGAAUACUUCGGACGCUUUGGAAAAUCUAUUACUUGCAAGCCUUAAGUCAUGUUAGGACGAAAAACCAAGCGUGUAUAAAACACACUUGAUAUAACCCGCCAAAAUGGCCGUCACUCAUUUGGAGCCAGUUAUUCCAUGGGUUCCACACAUUGAAAGAGAGGAAGUCCACUAAGGAUUGGUGUAUUCACGAAGUGAUUUAUGAUAAACAUAGAAAAAAAUCUUUUGCAAUGGAAAGGCAUAUAAAACCUUUGACAAAUCACAAUGUGGAUUCUCAGUUCCUGGCUGUGUUAGCUGCAAUAAUUGCAAUUAUUGUAACUAUAGUGUUAUUUGCCAUAUGGCACAAGAGGAGGUCUAUAGGAAACAGUAUAUUAUUAACUGGUCUUAGUGAUGCUGGUAAAACACUGAUAUAUGCACGUCUACUUUGUUCUAAAUUUGUUAAGACACACACAUCUGUAAAAGAAAAUACAGGAGAUAUCAUAAUCAAUAACCGGUCCUUAAAGAUUGUUGAUAUACCUGGACAUGAACGUCUACGUUACAAAUUUUUUGAUCAAUUCAAGUUAUCCGCAAAAGGUCUUGUUUAUGUGAUCGAUUCAGUGACUUUCCAAAAAGAUAUCCGAGAUGUAGCAGAAUUUUUAUAUAACUUACUCUGUGAUCCUGCUAUACAUAAGAAAUCUAUACUUGUAUUAUGCAAUAAACAAGAUCAGACUAUGGCAAAAGGUGCAGCUGUUAUAAAGACUCUAUUAGAGAAAGAAAUGAAUUUACUACGUAUGACAAAAACAAGUCAGUUAGAAGCUACAGAUGCAUCAGCAACAAAUGUUUUCCUUGGCAAGCAGGGGAAAGAUUUUGACUUCUCCCAUUUGGAUACAAACAUUGAGUUUGCUGAAUGUAGUGCAUAUAAUAAAGAUUCCGAAACUUCUGCGGGUAUUGAGCAGUUAAACAAUUGGCUAAAGAAAAUUGUAUAAAAAUAUUCUUUCACUUAUUGAAAUAAAUUAUUUGUUUUUAACUUUUUAAA